GAGGUAGGCACCGGAGCAGGGAGGCGUUUGCACUUUGCACGCCGCCUCCUCCGCCUCCUCCGCCGCCUCCUCCUCCGGGAACGCGGGAGCGGGCGCAAACGGCGCACGCCGGGGGCGCCGCGAGCGCGCUUCUGAUUGGCUGUGCCGCGUGACGUCACGGGGCGGGCCCCGGGGGCCGCCGGGAGCCGGAGCGCCGCGCCUGCGCAGACGCCGCGCGCCCAGUGGAGGGGGAGGUGGCCGGCCGCUUCUCCCGCGUCCGCCAUUUUGUCUCUGGGGCUCCCGGGAACGGGCCGCGCGAAGCCGCCUCGGAGGCGCCACGCUCCUCGGGCUCCAGGGCAGUGCGUGGUGGCGGCGCGGGUCGGUGCAGAGCCGUAGCAGGGUGGGGGCCGCGCGGAGCCGGCGCCUUCCGAGCCGGGAGUCCGUCCGCUCCGGCCCCGCAGGUCCCCGGGCCGGCUCCCUCCGUGAGGCGGCCCCGGAGCAGGCGGGCGGCGGCGGAGGAUGCUGCGGGCCCGGCGCCGCGCACACGGUGCCGGCCCUGCCCUCUGAGCGCGACCCGAGGUGUGCGCGGGAGAGGCCCUAGCCGGGCCUAGGCUUCCCGAGCCGGCGAGCGCCGCCGCCCCGACCCGCCCCGGCGCCCCCCGGGGCCCGCCACCAUGUCCUCCGCCAGGUUCGACUCCUCGGACCGCUCGGCCUGGUACAUGGGGCCGGUGUCUCGCCAGGAGGCGCAGAGCCGGCUCCAGGGCCAGCGCCACGGCGUGUUCCUGGUGCGCGACUCGUCCACCUGCCCCGGGGACUACGUGCUGUCCGUGUCCGAGAACUCGCGGGUCUCCCACUACAUCAUCAACUCGCUCCCCAACCGCCGCUUCAAGAUCGGGGACCAGGAGUUCGACCACCUGCCGGCGCUGCUGGAGUUCUACAAGAUCCACUACCUGGACACCACCACCCUCAUCGAGCCCGCGCCCAGAUACCCGAGCCCCCCGAUGGGACCUGCCUCAGCACCCAGCCUGCCCACGGCAGAGGAGAACCCGGAGUGCGUGCGGACUCUGUACGACUUUCCCGGGAACGAUGCUGAGGACCUGCCCUUCAAGAAGGGCGAGAUCCUGGUGGUGGUGGAGAAGCCCGAGGAGCAGUGGUGGAGCGCCCGCAACAAGGAUGGCCGCGUGGGCAUGAUCCCUGUCCCCUAUGUGGAGAAGCUGGCACGCCCCUCUGCGCUCGGGAAGCUCGGGAACAGGAAUUCCAGCAGCUAUGGCAUCCCGGAGCCCGCUCACGCCUACGCACAGCCCCAGACCACAGCGCCUCUCCCCGCAGCCCCCGGUGCGCCCGGGGCGGCCAUCGCCCCCCUGCCGUCCACUCAGAACGGACCUGUCUUUGCGAAAGCAAUCCAGAAAAGAGUGCCCUGCGCCUACGACAAGACUGCCUUGGCCCUGGAGGUUGGUGACAUCGUGAAAGUCACCCGGAUGAACAUAAACGGCCAGUGGGAAGGCGAGGUGAACGGGCGCAAAGGGCUCUUCCCCUUCACACACGUCAAAAUCAUCGACCCUCAGAACCCAGAUGAGAACGAGUGAUUGCCGCCGCCCCGGCUCCUGCUGCUUCGUCGCUCUGCCUGCCAUAGUCUCUCUGAAGUGGGAAAGCCUCUCUCGGGGGCGGGUUGUGCUGCACGGCCCCCGCCCCGCCUUCCGCAGAAAGCCCGUCUCCUGCACGUUGGGAUGCUCCCCGCGGGCGCUCCUGGCAUUUGUUCAUAGUCGUGUUGUCAAAGCAUAGCCGGUUUAGAGUUCUUUGGGUCACAAACUGGAAAUACUGGUGGAAGCACACAAGUGGAGAGACGUUGGCGAGGAAAGGGCCUCCCUCCUCCUCCCGGCCCCGUUGUGUCGAGACAGAUUCCCUCGUGUUCAGAAAAGUCGGAGGCCGUGGCCGGGCGCUGCACCUUGCUGCUCCACAGAGCCGAGGCUCGGCCGCCAUCCUCAUUUUCCUUCGGAGGACACAGGGAAGGAAGCUUAAGGAAAAGAGAAUUCUGUCCCAAAUUCCUCACAUCUGGCUUUUGUUUUGGUUUCUUUUGUUUGUGUUUGGAUUUGGAAGACUAAUUAAUUAGUGUUCUGAACAGGUUUGUAAGUAGCAGGUUGGAUUUUUGUGAUACGAGAAGCAAUGGCACGUGCCUCUGAGCUCCUAAAAUGAAGCAGGAACUGAAGGACUAUGAAAAGAAUGACCCUGAAGCGGGGCUUUAUUGUCUUGUCAGUAAUACCUUGUUUUUGCCAUAUUGCAAACAAAACAAAAACAAUCAGCGGUUUUGGAGUGCCGGUGUGAAUAUACAGCCUCUUGGAUUACGUUGUCCCUAAAAGUAUGGGGGGGGGGUGUGAAUUUGGGGAAGCUUUUGCUUGUUUGCCAGUGACAGGAGUUGGGGUGGGGGUUUGUGGACACUGGCAGGUGUCCAGGUUUUCCGUGACGGCUCCUCUUUAAGGUUUGGGGUCUGGGGCUUACGGCUCUUGGAGGUUGUUAGAAUCAUUGCAGUGAAUUCAGCCCAGGCACUCUAGGCCUUGCCUCCCGUGGCCACAGCUGCCCGAGCUGCCCAGGAAUGGUGGCACUGCUGCCACCGAUUCCAUGGCCUCUGCAUCCACGGUGCUCCCAAGCAGGGGGUGCGCGCUCAGGAAGCCGGCUGACGCUUUGAUGUGUGAUGUUUCAGCGACUGCGGAGAACCAUUAAUCGGUUUAUCAUUAAGCAUUUACCAAUUUGGUGUAAAGCAUUUCCCUGCUAGCUAAAGGGGACCUGCGCAUACAGAUGUGCAGAGCCUGGCGUGUGCAGAGGUGAGACGGAGCCCUCUUGUGCUGCACUGGCAGGCCUGAGUUCUGGAACCUUUACUCUGUUCUGUCUGCUUCCUCCCGGACACUGGUGAAGACGAUCCGCAGCUCAGAGUGAGUCCAGCAGACCUAGAAAUGUAGCAGCAACCUCCUGAAUGACUCGGUAUCAUUUGUCAAGCUCUGCUGUCAGGUGGCCCUGGCCCUGGGAGGAGCUUGUGUUUUGAGGUUUAGAGCAUAUUCUGAUUUACCACCCACUUCUUUUUAGUCACUGUUUCAUCAGGCACAGAAUGCUAGAAUCAGGUCUCUAAAGAGGGCUCCUGGGGCUGCCGUCUGGUUUUCUGGAAAAGGACUUAGUGAUCACGUCUUCCCUAGCAGUGAGGGGGCUAACAGCAUAGCCCGGGGCCCACCAGUGGGGUGCGGGUGGCCGUGUCCCCACACCCGCCCUGCAGCCAUUGAGCGCUUCUCCCUUCCCCCCUCGGCAUCUGCACCUGAGACGGGUGUUGGCGGAAGGUGGAGCGUGCUGCCUCGCCUUUUUAAAGCUCGACACGUUUUGGUGACAGCAUUUGGCUCAGUACAAAGAAGUCCAUGGCUGCCCUGGGCACCAAGGGGUUCUCGGCCCGCCUACUGACGAGGCGUACGGCCCCCUUCCCAGAACACCCCGUCCACCUGGGCUUUGGCCUCAGAACCAGGCAGCUCCUUCGCCCCCGCUUGUGUUAAGUGUCUCCAGGGCUGCCCAGGGGCAUCAGGGCCCAAAAUAAGGUGAGGUUUGAUUCAGAACCCUUGAUCUGUGCCAAAAGUAGUGACUUUGAUUUAGAACUUCAUCACUCGGUUAGUCAGGCAAGGGAUCUUCCUCUUCGCGCUAAGUACGUGAGAAGCAGCACUCCUGCCCUGCCCGCUGCCUGGGUACCCCGCUUCGCCGCCCCCUGUCCCAGGUGGGCUCCCUUCACGUGCACCCACUGUCGCCACCUCCUCUCCCCUGUGUCGUUUCAGAAAAUGUGGACAGUAAAGUAACUAUCGCUGUUGUUUCCUACGGGGCAGUGCCCUCCGAUCCGAGCUGACUGAGGGGCCGUGUCUGCUCGGGUCCCAGCUCGCUUCUCCUGGGAAGGAUGUCCACCUGGGCCAUCCCAUCGUCUCUGAGUGGCGUGGAGCCACCUGGUGACGCGCGACAAGGGGACGUGUUGGCCGGCAGCCAUUUGGUGGCGCAGGUGACACCUGCUGUGCUCGCGGCUGGAAAGCUGAAGCGGGAGGGACAGCUGCGCCCUCCUCAAGCCCGAGCCCCUGGCACCGCCCCGUGUCCCUCACAGCUGCUGGCCACGAGGGGGCCUGGCCGAGCUGCCGCCCAGGCGCGCCUGCUACCGGAAACAGAACAGUGGCUCUUGAAAAGGGAUGGUGUGUUUCUGUGCCAGAUGAUUAUAAUUUAAUCUCUUAAUAUUAUGUUCAUUAACCUCUAAGAUCAGUGAAUUCUUGAUUGUUUUAACCCAGACCCGAGACUAACGCUUUCUGUGGGCACCGACCGCCUGGGGCCGGAGCACUGUGUCCCGGCUCUGGUGUGUGCGCCCACGGAGGGGACAGUUCUCUGCGAGCCGCAGUGGCCUUGCCCCCGAGACAGCCUUCACUGUGUGUUCUAGGACAGCCACCACCACAACCACACAAAACUCUCCACCUGUAACUUAAAAGACCGUCAACUUCAACCGUCAACUUCAGGCAAUAAUAUUUUCUGUGUAAGCUUUUAAAAUUAUUUUUGGGGAUCAUAGCUUGUUUUAUUUUGUGCUAUAAAAUUAACAGUAUUAAAUGACUUAUAUUCUUAGAAGA